CGCGGAUCGCGCCGAAGCAUGCAAUUCAACUCGGUCUCUUUCAACCUCUUGUCAACCUACAGGACGGUCGAUCACGAGUUACAAGGAUGCGACCCAACCUAGAUCGCUUUCCAGACCCGAUACCGCCCUCGAUAGUCCCUCCGUUAUCACCCUUGCGACUGCGGUCUUCGCCCUUGGACCUGUAACAUCGCUAGACCUAUGCGAUAACGGGUCGAACAACCAACUUCCCCCGGCAGACCUCCCCCACCCGAAAUGUCCAUCACUUCGGGAUCUUCAACGCCUACGCCAUGGUUGCGCCAAGCAAAAGUAGCGGACGAUUGGAUGAAGCAACAUCACAUGGUCGUUUGCGCAACCUCCUCCUCCCUGAUCUCGACCUUUGCAGGCUUUCCGCUCGAUUCUAUCAAGUCAAGAUUGCAAUCGCAGCGCGGAGAAGGGGUGUCAUUGGCGAAAGUCGCUGCAGACGUUAUCCGCGAUGAAGGGAUACGAGGACUAUGGAGGGGUCUGCCACUACCUCUAGUCAGCAUAUCAAUAGUCCGAACCAUCUCGUUCACCAUCUACUCUGAGACCAAGGACUUUGUACAACGGACAGGAUUGGCCAAAUUCAUUGCGAAAGGCAAGGGAAGAGAGGACGCAGCAAGGUCCAUCACUCUGCCGGAUACCUUGUUCUCGGUGGCACUCACCUCGAGCAUCGCAGGAGCCGCCUCUGGAAGCGUCGUCUCGCUAGGUUCAGCCCCGUUCGAGCUCGUCAAGGUCAGACGUCAACUCGAGUUCCAGAUCGAGAGGGAUAGACGAUUACGGAAGUUCAGAUUGGCAGGAGGAAUAGGGACCGCCUCGCUCGGAGACAAGAUUGUCGCGACAAGGACGGACAAGGAGUUGAUGGCAGGUUGGAAAGCUCCAGGCACCUGGGCUGCCGUCAAAGACAUUUACGCUCGGUACGGGUCGAAAGGAUUGUGGACCGGAUUCAAACUGCAUAGCGUGCGAGAUACAUUGGGAACUAGCUUGUAUUUCGCCGAAUACGACACGUUGAGGUGGCUCCUCGGUAGAGAUCCAAAGACAGGUCUGCAGGGCAAAGUACCGGACUGGGCGAGAAAGAUGGGAAUCGGCGAAGGCUGGGUCGCAUUCGGGGCAGGGGCUUUUGCAGGAGUGACUAGCUGGGCCCUGAUUUAUCCUGUCGAUGCAUUGAAAACGAAACACCAACAACGCGCAUUAGCGGGACUUCAACCGCGACCUUUCAUCCAGCAAAUGUCUCGGCUGGUGCGAGGUACCGACGAAGCCAACCCCAAACCGUUCUUGAUUGGGCUCGGACGCCUCUAUCGAGGCCUUGGAAUAUCUAUGAUGCGAUCCGUCAUGACACAUGGUCUUUUGUGGACCCUCAUUGACAGGACGAAAAUAUGGAUCGACAGCGAGCCUUUCGAGAGGUACGCACAGGCAACAACAAUAUCGUAAUCGAAACGGCAAUCAAGCACAGACACCAUGAUGUGGCCUAUCCAGAGGCUAUCUAUCACAUCCAGGACGAAAUAUGCAUUCACACCCGGCGCCCAUAGACAUUUGCAUUCAUCGUCCAUCAGAGACUCUACAGAGCUCAUAGACAUUUGCAUCCAUCAUCCAUCAGAGACUCUACACUGUAUAAUCGCAUGCUAAACAAUGAGCUACACCGUUCUUUACGAAACCACGGUCUCGAGCGCUUCAACUUUCCUUUGAGCUGAAGCUUUGCGGCACACGGUCUGGUUUGCAGCUGGA